GAAUAAUUUAUGCAAUAUUUAAGAAACCUAGUGACCGCCACAUCAGUGGAGGCGUAAUUGUCAACCGCCAUGGAAAGCUACAAGCUCCAUCAACGGCUUGGCAAGGGAGCACAGGGUUCUGUGUUUCUCGCGGAAAACAAACAGGACAAGAUUUGCUACGUGCUGAAGAAGGUUGAAUGUAAUGAUGAAGGAGAGGCAAAUAAAGCAUUCAAGGAGGCUGUGGCAUUACAAGAACUCCAGCAUCCGCAUAAACAUCCAUAUAUAUGUGGAUAUAAAGAGUUUUUUGUCACAUGGGAUAAAGAGGAAUCUGCUAUGUUUGUAUGCAUUGUGAUGGAUUACUACAAGUUAGGUGACUUGGAUAAGGCUCUAAAGCAGAAACGAGCCAAAGGAGAAUCUAUACCUGAAAUGGUGUUAAAAAAGUGGUUUGGUCAGAUGGUGAAUGCACUAGCAUUUGUUCACAGCAAGAGUAUGAUACAUAGAGACCUUAAACCAAGUAACAUUUUUCUUGCUGAAGAUGGAAGUAUUUCAGUUGGUGACUUUGGUGUUUCAACCAUCAUGGAUGAUGCACGGACUCGCACAAGAACCACAGUAGGGAUUCAAUCUCAAAUAUCAUCAAAGCUCUUUCAAAUCAAACACUCUCCUCAGGAGCUAGAAGAAGUGCUCCAACUUGUUGGAAAGACAUAUGCAAAAGAUCUUUGCCAAACUAUUCGGAUUAUGCUCAGAAGAAACUUUCAGCAAAGACCAACCAUGAAGGAACUAGCAGAACUGCCAUAUGUAAAGAGUUGUAUUGCACUGAGUACUACUAAACAAGCUAAAGGAACAGUAGCUGCCAGCAAGGGAGCCAAGAAAGAACCUGUGAAACCAGUGCCUAAAGACAAGGGUGUAGCUGGUGUUUUAGAUUACAUGAAGAAAAACAAAGAUAGUUCAGCUUGUCAGGUGCAAGCUCUCAAACACCUUGAACAAAUCACAAGAAAACAAGAUGUGUCUUUGAAUAGAAAGGCGAAACAGCAAAUCGCAGAGACGAUGAAUAAUGAAAACAAAAAACCGGAUCCGUCUAAAGAUGUCCACCUCCAGGCAUUGAAGAUAUUUAUUAAUCUCUCUCCGAAAGCUGAUGAUAAUGAUGUCAUGUUUACAGAAGAAAUAAUUCGUCCUGUUCUUUCAGCUAUGAAGUCCCAUAUCUCAUCUUCAGAAUUGCAGUCAUGCGGCUGUCAGUUACUCAUGGCUCUUUCAGCUGAUGAGGCAGCAGGUGAAAUAAUCGGCCGUUAUGGAGGAGUCCAAGAUUUGUUAUCUGCCUUGAGAGCAUUCCCUGACAAUAAGGACAUUGCAUCUAACUGUUGUGGUGCUUUNCUUUGGUCAGUUUCAGUGUCAGAAGCCAACUGUAAGAUCGUGUCAGAGGAACGUGGUCUUGAAGACAUCUGCCUUGCUAUGGGGAGACACAACACAGAUGUUGAACUGGUGGAGGCGGCAUGUUCUGCCCUGUGGUCACUCUCUAUGGAAGAGGAGAAUCUUGAAUUGAUGGAAGACCUUAAUGUCAUUGACUUGAUCGUGGAUGCCAUCAAAAUGCACAAAAAGGAAGCUAAAGUCAUAAAGAACGCUUGCAUGGCACUAGCAAGUAUCGUCGAGGCCCGAGAGGUGUGUGCAUACCAGCUGCUGAAGGAGGAAGGAAUAGAGAACAUUAUUUCUGCUUACAAUAACAUGAAAACCAAUGACGAAGUAGUAGAGAACAUUUGCGUCCUUUUUUCUGAGUUGGUUGAGUAUGAGGACAUCAGAGAGGAAAUGAAACUGAACGCUAAUAUCACAAAAGUACUUUCUGAGGCCAAGUCAAAUUUCUCAGAUGAUGAACACGAGGAUCUUCUCAUGGCAGCAGCAGGUGCCUUAGCCAUGUUGGGAGGCGGUCAGCGGGAUGGACGAAGGAACAGCUCUGCACGGUCUAGACCCAGAAGUGCGGCUAGGAAAUGAAACAAUGACUAAUACUUCAAUGAAAUUAGCUUUAGAUGAGAACUGUAAGAAUCAGUCUCCUAAGAAAGCAGACACCUUGUCGGAUCAAGGCUUGUCCUGGAACACAACUGCACUGGUCUUCAGUUUCUCAUAAGGAACCCCUCUUCGCGGUCUUUCGUUGUAGUUUUGAUGUCGCAUAUGAUUCGUUCCCUAGGCUUAGUAAUAGACUAACAUUAUUAUAUAAUGAUUAUCAUAUUAAUUGGCAUAAUUAUUAUAGCGAGUGUAUGUAUAUACUUCUAGCAUUUGCAGUUUGUAUCAGUGUCGCUUGGUGAAUGCUUCAUUGUCAGCGUAAGAUUAAGGUGUAAGUAAUUCAAGGAGACCAAUCAUCAAGGGAUUUUAAUUAUUCUGGCUUUUUUAUUUGUAUUUUAUCGCAUUAGCAAAGCGGGUGAUUUUGAGUUACCAACAGGUCAAGACUUUGUACAGGUAGUAUAACACAAUACGUUUUUGAAAUAGUGCAGAGCCCACGCUCAACGAAGUCAGUGUCAGCUGUAGCCACACACAAUACACUUCAUAUAUAGCUAUGUAAAUUGUACUCAUAAGUUCAAACGUACAUUGGCGGGUCAGUUGUUAACUAGCAAACAAUUUUGUACAACCUUUUGUUGUAGCGUAAUUUUUGUAUGGUAAUUUGAAACGUUAAUAAACAGAAAUUCAUUCUCAGGUCA